CAUUCAAAGCAAAGGUUUUAGGUUUUCUUUACAUAAACCUUUUUACCUUUAAACAAUUUGCACACCUUCCUCCACAUCUCUCUCUCUCUCUCUCUCUCUCCCAUCCCAAUUUCUUAUCUUUUCAGUUUCUUGAAUUAUUUCUUGAAUUCAAGAACUGAAACAGAUCAGAAAAUUGUCCAAAAAUUGUGAAAAAAAAAAAUGGAAGGUGUCAUUCAAACAAAAGGCCUUUUAUCCCUCCCAUCAAACCCUCAAUCCAAAAUCUUUCUCAACAAACUCCCACAACAAUCUUUAAGGCAAAGAUUCAAUCUUUCUUCCAAACCCUUAAAACCCAAAUCCCCAAAUGUGAUUUCCUCAAAUGGGUCAAGAAAAUUUCAAGGUUUUGGUACAAUCCCAGGCUUGUUUGGUGUCCAAAACCCAAGAUUUCUUCAUGCUUGUAAAGCCUCCGCCGCCGCCGCCGCCGCCGGUGGUGCCGCCGGUGAGUUAGAGGCUGACCCACCAAAGUUCUUGGGUGUUGAACUCUUGACAUUGAAAAAGAUUGUGCCUUUAGGGUUAAUGUUUUUUUGUAUUCUUUUUAAUUAUACAAUUCUUAGGGAUACAAAAGAUGUGUUGGUGGUUACAGCAAAAGGGUCAAGUGCAGAAAUCAUACCCUUUUUGAAAACAUGGGUGAAUUUGCCAAUGGCAAUUGGGUUCAUGGUAUUGUAUACAAAGUUGUCUAAUGUGUUGUCGAAAAAGGCUUUGUUUUAUACUGUGAUUCUUCCGUUUAUCGCGUUUUUCGGGGCUUUCGGGUUUGUUUUGUAUCCUCUUAGCAAUUAUGUUCACCCAACUGCACUUGCUGAUAAGCUUCUUGCUUUACUCGGACCUCGGUUUCUUGGGCCGCUUGCGAUUAUGAGAAUUUGGAGUUUUUGUUUGUUUUAUGUCAUGGCUGAGCUUUGGGGGAGUGUGGUGGUUUCGGUUUUGUUUUGGGGAUUUGCUAAUCAGAUAACAACGGUUGAAGAAGCGAAAAAGUUCUAUCCUUUAUUCGGGCUUGGUGCUAAUGUUGCCUUAAUUUUCUCGGGCCGUACUGUGAAAUACUUCUCGAAUAUGCGGAAACAUUUGGGCCCUGGAGUCGAUGGAUGGGCCAUUUCUUUAAAAUAUAUGAUGAGUAUUGUGGUUGUAAUGGGCUUAGCAAUUUGCGGUCUUUAUUGGUGGGUCAAUACUUACGUUCCUCUUCCUACCCGUAGCAAGAAGAAGAAGGAGAAACCGAACAUGACGACAAUGGAGAGUUUGAAAUUUUUGGCAUCAUCGCCAUACAUUAGGGAUUUAGCCACUUUGGUUGUUGCAUACGGAAUUAGCAUUAAUCUUGUUGAGGUUACAUGGAAAUCAAAGCUCAAGGCGCAGUUUCCUAGCCCGAACGAAUAUUCUUCAUUCAUGGGUGACUUUUCAACUGCGACCGGAAUAGCAACAUUUACGAUGAUGUUGUUGAGUCAAUGGAUAUUCAACAAGUACGGUUGGGGGGUGGCAGCGAAAAUCACACCCACGGUCCUACUUUUGUCCGGUGUUGGGUUCUUUUCUUUGAUCUUGUUUGGUGACCCUCUUGCACCGGGUCUUAUGAAGUUUGGGAUAACCCCACUUUUAGCGGCGGUUUAUGUCGGUGCAAUGCAAAAUAUAUUUAGCAAAAGUGCAAAGUAUAGUUUGUUUGAUCCUUGCAAAGAAAUGGCGUAUAUUCCUUUGGAUGAAGACACCAAGGUUAAAGGUAAGGCGGCAAUAGACGUUGUGUGCAACCCGUUAGGUAAAUCGGGUGGGGCUCUAAUUCAACAAUUUAUGAUCUUAACAUUCGGGUCACUUGCAAACUCAACGCCAUACCUUGGCGGUGUGCUGCUAGUGAUUGUGGGAGCAUGGUUAGGUGCCGCUAGAUCGUUGGACAAACAGUUCACCGCCCUGAGGCAAGAGGAGGAGCUCGAGAAGGAGAUGGAAAGAGCCGCGGUUAAAAUACCGAUUGUUUCUACAAACGGGUCACUCGAGAGUGAUUCCAACACCAACACUUCAACCGAGACAUCGUCUCCCCGAAACGUGUGAGGUUGAGGUUUGCGUCGUUAGGGUGGUGUCGUAGUGUUUGAUAUAGAUAAAGAUUUGAAACUUUGGGAUGUUUGUUUAGGUUUUUUGUUGUUGUUUUGAGUAAAGGAAUAAGAGCUAAGGCAGGAAUGCUGCUGACUUUUGAAGUUUUUUAUAAACAGCAUGUUUAUUAUGUUGUUAACUUGAUGAAAUUUAUUGUUUUAUUUGU